AUGUGCCUCCCAAAUAGCCAAUCCACUUUCCUCCGUCUACCAGCCGAGAUCCGCUUCAUGAUCUACCGGCCGAUCUGGACUCUCGAGGCUGACCUCGACAACAACACCGACAGCGACUCUGACAGCAGUUCGGACUCGCAUCUCGACGACAACAAUAAUGACCUAGUUGCACUCCAUCAAGCCCACCAGCACCUGGAGAUGAUCACCGCCAUCCAAAACCUAGCAAUCACCUGCCAACAGAUCCGCGAGGAGCUCAUCACCGAGUACUUCACUCGCGUCCUGCCCAAGACCCAAAUCCACCUGGGCAGUGUCUAUCCUCCCCGUCACUCUCUCUACCGCGGCCGUGGCCCGGCUUGUCCUCCUCCCAGGUUCUCGGCUCUAGCCCAUACCAACCACAAAUCUUUCGAGGUACUCCAGUCCUCGUCGCUUUUCAUCGAGCAUAUUCAGCACGUCAGCAUCCACUGGGGUGGCUGUUUGUGCACUGAGGGCUCGAUGUAUCAAUGCCCAAUUCGGCCUUGCGGUCUGGAAUGGCUGACAGAGUUGGAAGAUCUCCGGACAGUGGAGGUGGUCUUUACAGAUGAACCGUCAUCUUGCAAGAACUGCCUGGCAAAGCUCCUGAUGUUGCCAAGGACGCUGGAGAAGAUCUUGUUUCGGGUGCUUAUUAGUGACGUCGUUGCUGAAGCGUAUGAGGCGCGGCUGACGGAGUGGUUUUGGGGGCAGAGGCCCAAGUUUUUAACGUACAUGGCGGCGAUGGAGGAGGAAGAAGAGGAGGAGGAGGUUAUUCCUGAAAGGAAGGAAUCGGGUUUAUACAAGAUUGAGCACCACAUUGGUGCUGUUGUAGUCGACUGGCCUUUAUCGGACACGGUAUGA